UGCGCCGGCGGCGCCGCUGUGGAGCCACCGCCCCCAAGCUGCUGGGCCGCCGCUUCGCCGCCGUUUGGGGGACCCGGAGAGUCUCGGCGCCGGGUUGCCCUGAUGGUCCCCGGCAGGCGGCGGCGGCAGAGGCGGCGGGAGGAUGACCUCUCCCCGGGAGCGGGGUGCCGACCUGGCCCGUUUCUACACUGUCACCGAGCCUCAGCGACACCCAAGGGGCUACACGGUGUAUAAGGUCACCGCCCGGGUCGUUUCACGAAGAAAUCCAGAGGAUGUCCAGGAGAUAAUCAUAUGGAAGAGAUACAGUGACUUUAAGAAACUACACAAAGAACUAUGGCAAAUUCACAAAAACUUAUUCCGACAUUCAGAAUUAUUUCCUCCAUUUGCAAAAGGAAUAGUGUUUGGGCGGUUUGAUGAAACUGUCAUUGAAGAGCGGAGACAGUGUGCCGAAGACCUGCUGCAGUUCUCUGCCAAUAUUCCUGCUCUUUACAACAGUAAACAGCUUGAAGACUUUUUCAAGGGUGGAAUAAUUAAUGAUGGUUCUGAACUGAUUGGUCCUGUUGAAGCUUAUUUGGAUUCCGUCACUGAUAGCUUUCCUGAGUGUAGUACGGAAGGCUUCUCCAGUGAUAGUGACCUGGUCUCUCUUACUGUUGACGUGGAUUCUCUUGCUGAGUUAGAUGAUGGAAUGGCUUCCAAUCAAAAUUCUCCCAUUAGAACUUUCGGUCUCAAUCUUUCUUCGGAUACUUCAGCACUAGGGGCUGUUGCUUCUGACAGCGAACCGAACAAAACAGAAGAAGAACGGGAAAAUCGUAGCCUCUUUCCUGGCAGUUUAAAAUCCAAGCUUGGCAAGAGAGAUUAUUUGGAGAAAGCAGGAGAACUAAUAAAGCUGGCUUUAAAAAAGGAAGAAGAAGAUGACUAUGAAGCUGCUUCCGAUUUUUAUAGGAAGGGAGUCGAUUUACUCCUAGAAGGUGUUCAAGGAGAGUCAAGCCCUACCCGGCGAGAAGCUGUGAAGAGAAGGACAGCGGAGUAUCUCAUGCGAGCAGAGAGUCUCUCUAGCUUUCAUAGAAAACCUCAGCUUGAUGAUGUAUCUCAGCCUCCAGGAUCACUAAGUUCAAGGCCCCCUUGGAACCUAAGGAGCCCUGCCGAGGAGCUGAAGGCCUUCAGAGUCCUUGGGGUGAUUGACAAGGUUUUACUUGUAAUGGACACAAGGACAGAACAGACAUUCAUUUUAAAAGGUCUAAGGAAAAGCAGUGAAUACAGCAGGAACAGAAAGACCAUCAUCCCCCGCUGUGUGCCCAACAUGGUGUGUCUGCACAAGUACAUCGUUUCUGAGGAGUCGGUGUUUCUUGUGCUGCAGCACGUGGAAGGUGGCAAACUCUGGUCAUAUAUCAGUAAAUUUCUAAACAGAAGUCCUGAAGAAAGCCUUGACAUAGAGGAAGUGGAAAAAUCUGCACUUAGUAAAGUUCGCCUGCAACAGCCGACAUGUAGUCCUCAGGACAGCAGCAGCUUCGAAUCCAGAGGAAGUGAUGGGGGAGCCAUACUGCAAGUCGUGCCUUUGAAGACUAGUCUGACUCAGAGCUCUCAAGACGAUAGCAACCAAGACGAUGACGGUCAAGACAGCUCUCCAAAAUGGCCUGAUUCUGGCUCAAGUUCAGAAGAAGAAUGCACUACUAGUUAUUUAACAUUAUGCAAUGAAUAUGGGCAAGAAAAGAUUGAACCGGGGUCAUUGAGUGAGGAGCCUUUCAUGAAGAGUGAAGGAAAUGGUGAUACCAAAGCUGUAGAAGGCUUCCCAGCACACCUCGCGGCGGACAGCCCCAGCACUCAGCGGAUCGCUCAUGAGCUGCUGCUCUUCCCUGGAAAGGAUGACCUGGAAGCAGUUAGUUCCCCAAGAACAUCAGAUUCCCUCAGUAGAUCUAAAAAUAGCUCCAUGGAAUUCUUUAGGAUAGACAGUAAGGACAGCACUAGUGAACUCCUAGGACUUGAUUUUGGAGAAAAAAUGUAUAGUUUAAAGUCAGAGCCUUUGAAACCAUUUUUUACACUUCCAGAUGGAGACAGAAGUUUUAAUAUUAGUGAAAGCAGGGUUAUAGCUCAUGAUACCAUUAGCAGGGGCUCAGAUGACUCUGUCCCAGUUAUUUCUUUUAAAGAUGCUGCUUUUGAUGAUAUCAGUGGUCCUGAUGAAGGAAGGCCUGAUCUUCUUGUAAACCUACCUGGUGAAUUGGAGCCAACCAAAGAUGGUACAGCGAUGGGGCCUACUAAGUUUACACAGACUAAUAUAGGCAUCAUGGAAAGUAAACUAUUGGAAGCCCCCGACGUUUUAUGCCUCAGGCUUAGUGCUGAACAGUGCCAAGUGCAAGAAGAAAAAGGCUCAGAGGAAUUGAGUGAUCCCUCUAGUCUUAAACCCCACGGUGUAACAGAGAAACACUACGUACAAGGGGAUCUUGGGAUGUUAUUUGCGGCUGCUGUUGAUCAUAGUAGUUCAGGAGACGUGUCUGUGUUACACACCUCAGAUGCUAACUUUCGAGGACAUGGAGUGGUUGGGUUGGCAGCAACUGCAAACGACAGCGAAGAAAGCUUAUUCCCUGUUUCCGACCCACUCUCAGGUGCUAAUGAAUAUCAUGCAAACAGAGACACUUUAAAAACUGAGGAAGUAUUGCUGUUUACAGAUCAAGCCGAUGAUUUGGCUGAAGAGGAGUCGACUUUAUUUCAGAGAGACUCUGUGACUAAGGGAGCAAGUGGGUUAGCACAAGGAGACAAGGAGAUACAUCAGAUUUUUGAGGACCUUGAUAAAAAAUUAGCACUAAACUCCAGGUUUUACAUCCCAGAGGGCUGCAUUCAAAGAUGGGCAGCUGAAAUGGUGGUAGCCCUUGAUGCUUUACAUAGAGAGGGAAUUGUGUGCCGCGAUUUGAACCCAAACAACAUCUUAUUGAAUGAUAGAGGACACAUCCAGCUAACGUAUUUCAGCAGGUGGAGUGAGGUUGAAGAUUCCUGUGACAGCGAUGCCAUGGAGAGAAUGUACUGCGCCCCAGAGGUUGGAGCAAUCACUGAAGAAACCGAAGCCUGCGAUUGGUGGAGUUUGGGUGCUGUCCUCUUUGAACUUCUCACUGGCAAGACGCUGGUCGAGUGCCAUCCAGCAGGAAUAACUACUCACACUACUUUGAACAUGCCAGAAUGUGUCUCUGAAGAGGCUCGCUCACUCAUUCAACAGCUCUUGCAGUUCAACCCUGUGGAGCGUCUUGGUGCUGGAGUUGCCGGUGUGGAAGAUAUCAAAUCUCAUCCAUUUUUUACCCCUGUGGACUGGGCAGAGCUGAUGAGAUGAACGUAACGCAGGGUUGUCUGUGCACGUUCUGACCUUCCCUGGGACAGGCGUCCCCAGCGCAGAGGCCGCUGUGCCUCCCAGUCACUUACAGAGCACCGAAGCAUUGGGGUGAGACCGGCAGAGGAAAUGGGCGAUGAAAAGGCUGAAAGAGAACAACUCCCUUACAGUUACUGUCGGGACAAGAUAUUGGCUACACUUGCAAGGGGCUGUUACGAACAAGCCUUUAACCAAGAUGUGAUCUUUAUAUCUGCACUUAGUGUUUGCACAUGAGUUGUAAAGCCCGCUGAAAGGAAUGCCCAUCAAGAACGUCCUCUGAUCUGAAACUCCAAGUGUACAAUGAAGUGUUACUUGAAAGGAGGACCUUUAUAUGGCAGCUAACCAUGCUUCCCGCUAGCCAAGAUUGUUUUAUAUGAUCAAAUUAAUAUUUGUUGAAUACUAUAUGAGAAGUGCUUCAUGCAUAAUGUCAUCUGUGGAGCUUAAAAAAGUGAAGGAAAAAAAGAAUAUACUCAUCAUGUCUGAUAGGAAACACGUAUCACAAUGCUAUGUGAUUAAUGUAUGCUGAAUGUGGUCCCAAAUUGUUUCAUACUUUCAGAAGUCCACAUGAAAAGGAAACACUUCAUCGUGUCAACUUUGCACUUGGUUGGUUGGUACUGUUCACGGAAGGGUCCAUACAAACACUUGCUCUGUCUCUCUCCUCAACGCUACUUCCUACACCCCUGGCCUAUGCUCUCAUUUUCCGUUCUUCCUACCCCUACUAAUAAUACAUAUGCAACAAAAAGGGAAUAUGUCCCCAAGUUGUAUCAUCUUAAUAAGGAUUAAGAAAUCAUGAUGUAAAAUAAAUGUGGUAAAAAUUUAAAUCUCUCCGUCAUUUAAUUGCGUAGGGUUUCUUUUUUGUUUGUUUGUUU